AUGGACAGAGAACCAGAAGAGAUGCAGUUCCUGGGGUUAUCUGACGUCUACAGAGAAUCCUACAAGAUCAUAUUUGUAUGGAGAAAGAUCUUCAGCAAGAUCACCCUAACUCUAAUCCUCCCUCUCUCCUUCAUCUUCCUCAUGCAUAUCGAAGUCUCUAACAUCCUCUUCAGCAAGAUCGUCAAAAACACACAACAAAUGAUGGAAACCCCACAAGACACACCCCAAUACCACAACCUCUCCGACAUGCUCUCUUCCGAAUGGGCCACCUUGGUGCUCUUCAAGCUCGUCUACUUCACUUUCCUCCUCAUCUUGUCCCUCCUUUCCACCUCAGCUGUGGUCUACACCGUCGCCUCAAUUUACACCGCAAGAGAGGUCACUUUCUCCAAGGUCAUGACCGUCGUUCCCAAAGUGUGGAAGAGACUCAUGGUAACCUUUUUGUGCACCUUCGCGGCCUUUUUCACCUACAACGUCAUGGCAGUGCUUGUUUUCAUCAUAUGGGCACUUACAACCGGAGGAAGGAGUGGUGGGGUUGGGUUUUUUGUGGUGCUGGCGAUCUUGUAUUUCGCAGGGUUUGUGUACUUAACCGUGGUUUGGCAACUGGCUAGUGUUGUGACGAUAAUGGAAGAUUCGUGUGGGGUUGGAGCCAUGGUGAAAAGCAACGAGUUGAUAAGGGGGAAGAUGGGUUUGUUAAUACUCAUAUUCUUGAAGCUCGGGGUUUCCUUUGGAUUGAUACAAUUUCUGUUCAAGAAAACGGUGGUGCAUGGGUGGAGUUUAGGGUCUGUGGACAGAACAGUUUACGGGAUAGUGUGUUUGGUGCUGUUCUCUCAGUUGUACCAGUUCCAACUUGUGAUCCAAACGGUGCUCUAUUUUGUUUGCAAGUCCUACCACCAUCAGAAUAUUGACAAAUCUGCUUUGUCAGAUCACCUUGAAGUGUACGACGGAGAGUAUGAGCCUCUGAAGGCCAAAGACGUUCAGAUGGAAGAGUGCCAUGUCUGA